AUGGCCGUCUCGAAAGGCAAGUCUGCUGCCGCUGCCGCUGCCGCUGCAGCAGCCGCCACCGCCAACGGGUCUGCAACACAGGGCACCAACGCCGGAAGACACGUCCCCCACGUUAAGAAGGCUUGUGAACGGUGCAGGCGGAACAAGAGCAAGUGUGAUGGCAAGUCUGCUGCCGCUGCCGCUGCCGCUGCAGCAGCCGCCACCGCCAACGGGUCUGCAACACAGGGCACCAACGCCGGAAGACACGUCCCCCACGUUAAGAAGGCUUGUGAACGGUGCAGGCGGAACAAGAGCAAGUGUGAUGGUGUGCCUGGGAGUACAUGCAGGAGCUGUGCCCAGGUGGGCUACGAGUGCGUAUGGACGCAGGAGAAAGAUGCCCGCCGCGCGUUCACCCGCGCCUAUGUCCGCGCGCUCAAUGACCGUAUCCGGUUCCUCGAGGACCUUUUGCGGCAGAACGGUAUCCAAUUCGACGGCUCCUCCGAGCUCGCCGGCGUCUCCACCACUGCGCCCGCCUCGGGGAAGGAGUCGCCCACGCCUUCCGAGGGUGGAGACGCAUCGACCAAAUCCGAGGAUCCUGAUGAGCUGGUUUUGCAACUCGAACACCAGCUUGUGCUCGAAAAAGACCCUCUGGUGCAAGGUGACCUCAUCAGCUUCUAUGGUGCUACCAGCCGGUUCCCAGCACAAUACGAGAUCUUGCGCGAGGCAUCCCCGCCCGGUGGGCUGGGGGAGUACGUCUCCGAGGAGUUAAUCCAAGAACGUAAGCGACUUGGCCGCACCCCUCCUCCCACAUGGGCACGCAAUUUGCCCUGGGACAUCCGGAUCGACCGAACAGAGCAUGACAAGCUCGUCAACCUUUGCUUCAAGUAUUUUACUAGCUGGACCGUGCGUGUGUGGCCUACGCUCUUCUGGCGCGACUUGGAGGCCCUGUCCGCCCAGGACGAGGAACGUGCAGCGCGUGGGGAGGAAUUAGACCCCCAAAGGACGGCACAGUACUCGCCUCUGCUGCACAAUGCCAUUCUCGCCCUCGCCACAGCGUGGAGUGAUGAUCCUGUGCUGAGCAGCCCUGAAGUUCGCGACAAGUUUGCCAGACGCGCAAAGGUCUGCAUCGAUAUUGAAGCCAGCAAGCCAACGCUUAGCACUCUGCAUGGUCUGACCAUCCUCUCGAGCUACUAUUCUGGCAAGGGAGACCAAGGGUUAGGCUGGAUGUAUUUCGGCACCGCUGUCCGCCUGUCUUAUGCCAUUGGGCUGGACCUGGACACCUCAAGCUGGGUGGAGAACGGGCCACUGACAGAAACAGACAACCUCGAGCGGGACUUAUCCUGCGCCUCAUUGGUGAUGCAAGACAAAUGGUGGUCGCUGUACGUUGGGCGGCCAUCUUCGCUCCCCCCUCGUCAGAUUAAUCUGCCCGAGCAACUGCCUGCGCACCUCAUCCGCGACCCUUCUAAUGCAGACGAAGUAGCUGCCACUACAAGCCUGUACGACACCUUCCGGUGCACAUGGACAUUGAGCCAAAUCGCCUACCGGAUCAUGGAGGACAUCUAUGGUCCCAAGCCAGCAUCAUCCCUCCGGAACGUCGUUUCUGCCCUUCACCUCGCACUUACAAACUGGCACGACAAGCUGCCUAAUUCGCUCCGCAUUCCGCAUGUGGGAACGCAGUCGAUUCCCGCUCAAAUCCUCUCCAUGCAUCUUGCGUAUGAGUGGCUCACUAUUCUCCUCCUCCGUCCGUUUUAUAGGCGCAUCGCCAGCGCCCGGCCAGAGGACACGAGCGUGUUGCUCUGCAAUCGCGCUGCGCACCAGAUUGUACGGUUAUACGGCUUGUGGCGGCGGUACCACGACCUUCGAUAUGUACCGAUCACGGCUGUUCAGAUCGCCUUCACAGCGGGGACAACGCAUCUGCUCGCGGCGACAUACGCGAAUGGCGUAGUAGGCAAGGAGAAGGGUCUCGACGGCGAGAUGGGUCAGUCUUGGCAGAGUGCCAUCCAGAGCUCGCGCACGCUCGAGAAAAUGAUGGAAGACUAUGCUGGCCGGAGGGAGAGCGACAAGGCUGCUUCUCCUGUCUACCUAGGGCCAUCGGGAAAGUACCCCGGCACGGGCGGGUUCCAAGUGCAGCUCUCGCCCCUCAUUAGCGGUGCCGGUCAAGAAUUGCAGCUUGAGACGGAAUCGAAUGCGCCUGACGAGGACGACAUGAUCGAUGAGGACGACCCGGACCAGCGAGAAGAGACUCCCAUGGUUGCAGAGCACGAGCAUUUUCAUUACAGAUCGGCGCCCACCCCGCUUUCCCUCUCUGAGGCUAUCCUCGCAGCACCCAGAGGAACAAUGUCCUUUCCAUCUACCCCCGUGGAGAUGGACCCGGCAGGAGUGAUAUGGGGACACAAUGUACACUCGCCGUCGUUGAGUGCCUACUUCCAGACGCUUGCCUCCGGCUCGGGACACAUGCCAAUGCAGCCGAUCUUUGCCAGCGGACAGAUGUACCCACAACCGGGGAUAGAAUGGCAAGCGACGGCUCAUGCACAAGCUUGUAAUCCGUUCAGCCCUCAAGCGAUGUAUGAAAAUCACCCGGUGGGCGCGAGCUACGACGAUUUGAUGUUUGGAAACUAGAUUUCGCGGAAAGGAAAACGGAAGUUGUACACGACUUGGUGUUUUGCGUUCGUUCUGUUCGUUCUCUGCCUUUGCUCCCCGUUCGACCUCUGGUUUACUCCUCGGUCUCGAUAUACUUUUAGUCUCGGUCUUUCUUCUUCAAUCUCGGUUUCCCACUAAUACGCUUGUACAAUAACGCGGCAUCUGGUUUUUGGUCCUUUCUAUUCCGUCGUCCUGGUAUGAAUACGUGUAUCAUGUAGGUGCGGAAAAGGCGAAGGCUUUCCUCUGUGUGUGUAGCCUUCCGUAGCAAUAGACAAAUGUGUUGUCC